AUUUUCUCAGGUGGCGCAAAGUCGUCAAAACAAUUUGAAAAUUGUUGAUCGAAAAUACGAAGCGUGAGUGAAAGAUUUUAUUUCGAAACUUCUUAUUAAUUAAAUAAUCAUUUAAAGUUAGUUUAAAUAAUGGCGAAUGAAAGAGCAAUGUAUCAAACCAGAAAUAUAUCUUCAACUAUAGGGCAACUACUACAAGAUAUUCAUUUAGAAGCAGCUCCACCAAAACCUAAACCAAAACCAAAACCAAAAGAUUAUGCCAAAGAAAAUUUUAAAAAACUAAAAGAAAUCCAAGAGAAAUGUAAACAAAAAGAGGAAGAAAAAUUAAAGUUAUUGCAGAAGAAAAUGGGACCAAAUAAAUAUAAAAAUGUUAAAUCUAAAGUUUUCAGUGUAUCGGGAAGACCAAACAGUAAUAUUGAAUCAGAAAAACUGAAUGAUGAAAGUAAUUCAGUAGCAACCUGUGAUUCUUCUUUAUCUAUUUUGCCACCAUCAGUUAAUCAGUGUGGAGAUGAAAACAGUAAUAAAUCACCUAGUCCAAAACCUGAUUUAGAUGAAAAUCAAUUAAAUGAAAUUAGAGGUAAUUGUGAUAAUGAUUUAAUUCAUUUUGAAGAUGAUAAUUCAACAUCCUCUCUGAAAGAAAGAAAUCCAGAUGACUCUAAUGAAAAUCCUUCAGAUAUUGAUUUUUCUAAAGAAUCUAAUCAGACUGAAACACAUGCUGAUGUACCAACUCACCAACACUUUAGUGCUAUGUCACAUAAAAAAAAUGAAAAUAAUGAUAACAUUUCUUCAAAAUCGGUCGUUUUUAAUUGUGGGUCUGCAAAAUCUAAUGCUUCAGAUGCCAAAUCUAUAAAAUCAACAAAAGGAAAAGAAAUGAAGAUUCAUCAGUUAGGUGAAGUCCCCAAAUACUUGAUACAAAGACAGUAUGAACAGAAAGAAGAAGAAUUGAAGCGAAAGAAGGAAGAAGUGGAUCCUUCCAUUCCUCUUGGUCACAUAGUUUUAAGUGAAGAGGAAAGAAUAAGUACAUUAGAAAAAUUCAAGAAAAAUAAAGAAGAAUUGUUGCGUGAAUAUAUACAUUUACCCGUGUGCUGUGAUACUUUAAGAGCAAAGAAAAAAAAGGAAUUGCUCGAAAAAGAACUGACCAAAAUGGAUGAAGGCAUCGAAAUAUUUUCUAAACACAGAGUUCUUAUCAAAGUUGACGAAUGAGUUAAUAUUUUAAUUAAAUACAAAUUUUCAUACUUGAUAAAAUGAAAUAUUCAUACAUUAGUACAUUAUUUAUUUACAAAUUAUUAAUUUAAAAGCCUCAU